CGGUUCUACAUGGCGUUUGAUUGGCAGGCGAAAUAGCUAACCGUCAGAAAUUUUGUCCGCUUACUGUUUGUUUUGUUUCUUACUUUUAGGAUUACUGUAAGUGCAACUCAUAAAAUUAGCACAUAUUCUUGGUGUCUACCCUAACAAAGUCUCAGUCGAUAGCUAUUGCUCAUCUGUAGCCAUGGGUGAAGUAGAGCUUUCCUGCCGUGCCUACGUGAAGAUGUACCUGCAUGCCUGCCUCUUUCCACGGUGCAGUAUCAACGGGCUCCUGCUUUCAUCUAGCUCGCCGGGCACUGGCACUGUCUGCGUAACAGACUGCGUGCCACUUCUUCAUUCUCACCUGCCCCUGGCCCCCAUCACUCAGCUGGCCCUCACACAGGUGGAUGUCUGGUGUUCACAAACCCAUCAGAGGAUAGUGGGAUAUUAUCAAGCCAAUGCCUGCGUAUCAGACUGCAGUCCCACACCAUGUGCAAUGAAGAUAGCCGACAAGAUCGCAGAGCAGUUUAAUAAUGCUGUUUUGUUAAUGCUCGACGGUGGGAAGAUGUCUCCGGACUAUCGGGUUCCUCCCAUAGUGAUGUAUGAGCGAAAAGAUUCAAGAUGGACGCUCAAAGACAAACAUACGAUAAUGCUGAGGCAGUGGGAGGAGACUCGCACAAUAGCCAGUCAGAUGCUGGAGUUUGGAGACCACAGGCUGUUGGUGGAUUUUGACAGCCACUUGGAUGACAUCACAAAGGACUGGACCAAUCAGAAACUCAAUAGCAAGAUAGCGGAGCUUUCCUCACCGGCCAACGGGAACGUGUAGC